AUGGACAUGGAUAAGGUAAGGGAGGAAUCACGCCGAAAAUACUUGGCAAAGCGUAAAGAUGACAAAAUUGACGAAUUGAGAAGAAUAGUUCACGAUGAUAAGACAAUAUUUGCAAAUGAAGAGCUUACGACGAAGGAGAAGAAAGACAUGCAAUAUCGAGAGAAAAUCUUGGAAUAUGCAGAAUGUCACGAAAAAGCUUCAGAUGUUAUGAAAAUUCAAAGAUAUCACUUGCCUGAUGCCACAGCCAAAGUAGUACCAUCAGCAUAUGUUGAAGAAACAGAAGAUAGACCCGGAGGGGAUGGAGCGAAAUGGGAACACGAACAGUUACUAGCUAGUAUGCUUUCGUACGGAGCCAAAGAUGCUAAGUCUAAGCAAGAAGAAUUUGAACUUCUCUUGGAUGAUAAGAUUGAUUAUGUCCAAGCAUUCAAAAUGCCCGGAACAACGGGAGAUGAAGAUGAGAAAGCAAAAGUUAGCCAAGCUGAGAAACACAAAAUGACAAUACAGGAAACUAGAAACUCCCUACCAGUAUAUGCUUUCCGCGAGCAGUUUUUAGAAGCCGUUAGAGAGCAUCAAGUUCUCAUUAUUGAAGGAGAAACUGGUUCUGGUAAAACUACUCAACUACCUCAAUAUCUAUAUGAAGCCGGGUUCUGCGAUGAUGGAAAAAGAAUAGGUUGUACCCAACCACGUCGUGUAGCAGCUAUGUCUGUUGCUGCACGUGUAGCCGAUGAAGUCGGAUGUAAACUUGGAAAUAAGGUUGGAUACAGUAUUCGUUUCGAGGAUUGUACAUCUGACAAAACGGUUUUGAAGUAUAUGACUGACGGUAUGCUUCUCAGAGAAUUCUUGAAUGAACCUGACUUAUCUAGUUAUAGUGUUAUGAUGAUUGACGAAGCUCACGAACGUACUUUGCACACUGAUAUCCUUUUCGGACUAGUCAAAGACGUUGCACGUUUUCGUAAGGAUUUGAAACUCCUCAUUUCGUCAGCUACACUUGACGCUGACAAGUUCUCCACUUUCUUCGACGAUGCUCCUAUUUUCCGUAUUCCAGGAAGAAGAUUCCCUGUCGACAUCUUUUAUACUCAAGCACCUGAGGCAGAUUAUCUUGAUGCGGCUAUGGUUACAGUAAUGCAAAUUCACUUGACCCAGCCUUUACCUGGAGACAUUUUAGUAUUUUUGACAGGACAGGAAGAAAUUGAAUCGGUUCAAGAAGCUAUUCAAGAGAAAACAAAAGCUCUAGGAAGCAAAAUAAAGGAAUUGAUACCUUUGCCCAUUUACGCCAAUUUGCCCUCUGACCUCCAAGCAAAGAUUUUCAAGCCAACACCGCCAAAUGCACGCAAGGUAAUUCUUGCAACAAAUAUUGCCGAAACUUCGGUUACUAUCGAUGGAAUAGCAUACGUUAUUGAUCCUGGCUUUGCAAAACAGAAUUCUUUCGAUGCUAAAGGUGGAGUGGAACAUCUCCAAGUUGUUACCAUAUCUAAGGCGGCAGCCAAUCAGCGUGCGGGAAGAGCUGGUAGAACUGGACCUGGAAAGUGUUUCCGAUUGUACACAGCUUGGGCAUACAAGAAUGAGUUGGAAGAACAACCUAUCCCAGAGAUCCAAAGAACAAAUUUGGGAAAUGUUGUUUUAAUGUUGAAAUCUCUCGGAAUCCAUGAUCUCAUUCAUUUCGAUUUCUUAGAUGCACCUGAGCAGGUCAACUUGGUCAUUGCCCUCGAGCAGCUGUAUGCUUUGGGAGCUUUAAAUCAUCGGGGUGAACUAACGAAGUUGGGACGGCGUAUGGCUGAAUUCCCUACAGAUCCAUGUAUGAGUAAGAUGAUAUUAGCGAGUGAAACAUAUGAGUGUACGGAGGAAAUUGUUACGAUUGCAGCCAUGAUGUCUUGUAAUGCAGCUGUUUUCUACAGGCCGAAAGCCAUGAUAAUUCACGCUGACUCAGCACGAAAGGGUUUCUGGAGUCCGACGGGUGAUCACAUAUCUCUACUAAAUGUUUAUAAUAGAUGGAAGGAAGCAAAUUAUUCGCAACAAUGGUGCAUGGAAAACUUUGUCCAACAUAGAACACUGAAAAAAGCUCGUGACGUCCGCGACCAACUCGAACAAUUACUAGAACGUGUUGAAAUUGAGCCAAAAUCUUCCUCCUGUAAUAUUGCAAUCAGAAAGGCAAUCACCGCAGGUUAUUUCCAUCAUUGUUCAAAGUUAGACAAUUCAGGACAUUAUAAAACGGUAAAGAACAAACAUACCGUACAUAUUCAUCCGAACUCAUCGUUGUUUGAAGAAACACCUCGAUGGGUUGUUUACUUCGAAUUAGUUUUCACGAGUAAAGAGUUUAUGAGAGAAAUCUCAGUCAUUGAAAGCGCUUGGCUCUUGGAAGUUGCACCUCACUAUUUCAAAAAUAGAGAAUUGGAGGAUCCAACAAACAAAAAGAUGCCGAAACAAAGAGGAAAGUCUGCUAAAGAGCUGCACGGGUGA